CGCGCUUUCUUGACGCAGGACCCCUCGCGGGGGAACAUGGCGGCGCUGUUGAAUCGCGUGGGCUGGGCAACGCGACCUGUGCUGCCAGUGGUCCAGACUUGGGACCUUGACGCGCGGCGCUGGGUCCGGGCGCUGCGGCGAAGCCCCGUGAAAGUGGUGUUUCCAUCCGGUCAGGUGGUGGAACGGAAGCCCAGUCCCGGGAAGCAGCCCCGGAAGGCGGCGGCGGAGGCCAGUCCCCGCGAGCAGCGGCUGAAGCAGCCGUUUCAGGUCCCCCCAUCUCAGACACCAAGCACCUGGGAAGAGUCCGGGCUUCGCUAUGAUAAGGCUUUCCCUGGAGACAAAAGGCUGAGCAGUGUGAUGACAAUAGUUAAGUCCAGGCCAUUUCGGGAAAAGCAAGGGAAGAUUCUGCUGGAAGGUCGUAGGCUGAUCGCAGACGCUCUCAAGGCUGGUGCUGUGCCCAAAGUUUUCUUCUUUAGCCGUCUGGACUACAUAAAGGAGCUGCCCAUUGAGAAGCUGAAAGGUGUUGGCCUCAUUAAGGUGAAAUUUGAGGAUAUCAAGGAUUGGUCCGACCUAGUGACACCACAAGGAAUAAUGGGGAUUUUUGCCAAACCUGACCAUGUUAAGAUGACAUACCCAGAGACUCAGCUUCGUCACACACUGCCCUUAUUAUUGAUCUGUGACAAUCUCCGUGACCCUGGGAACCUGGGGACAAUUCUGAGAUCUGCUGCUGGGGCAGGCUGCAGCAAAGUAUUACUCACCAAAGGUUGUGUGGAUCCCUGGGAGCCCAAAGUGCUGCGGGCCGGGAUGGGCGCACAUUUCCAGGUGCCCAUCAUCAACAAUCUGGACUGGGAAGCAGUGCCCAACUACCUGCCCACCAAUACCCGGGUCUUCGUGGCUGACAACUGCGGCCUUUAUGCGCAGGCCCAGGCCCAGAUGUCUAAUAAGGCUAGUGACCAUGGCUGGAUAUGUGACCGACGACUCCUAAAGUUUCACAAGUAUGAGGAAGAGGAAGAGGAUCUAGAAGAUGGAGCCUGUGAAGGCUGGCUCCCCGAACUUGAGGUCCAGAGUUAUGACUCGGAUUGGACAGAGGCACCAGCAGCGGUGGUAGUAGGUGGGGAGACCCAUGGCUUGAGCCUGGAGUCCCUGCAGUUGGCCGAGAGCACCAGGGGCGGGCGCCUGCUGAUCCCCAUCGUACCUGGUGUGGACAGCCUCAACUCCGCCAUGGCUGCAAGCAUCCUGCUCUUUGAAGGGAAACGACAACUGCGGGAAGGAGCAGCUUUUAUCAACUGAGGCCUCAUCGCUGGAGAGGACCACCAACAACACUGCUCCUUCCUGCAAACGCAAGGAGGGAACAGCGUGGGGAGAGAUGUGGCUGCAGCAGGGUCUGGCCUCCCGGCCUCCUUUGCUUCUCUGAUGGUCAGGGUGCAUCCUGACUGCAAGCCGGCAGUGGCUUGAUUGGUUGGGGACCUCAUUUCCUCUGAUGUCAAAGGAGAUUUGUUUUGUGGGGCCUGGGUCCUAGUCAUGCCUCCUGUAUCCCACUGCUAGCCUGUGUGGGUGACUUGUCUGUGUGAGGCCCGAGUGCCCAGCAAUUCAGACUUGAGGCUGGCUGCCCCCCUCGGGCUGCACACUGCUCUCUACAGGCCUGGGGACGGAGGCGUUCAAGAGAUGGCACAAUAUUGAUUAGAAACCCAACAGUCCCUUAAGUCCUACCCAGAUCUAGUAACGUUUACUGACUUGGGAAGUACUGCAGAAGACCACGAGGGUGAGAUACAUCCAGGCCAAAAAAUGAAGCAUAGUAACUUCUCUGCGUUCACACUUAAGGCGUACCUACAACAUCCUGAUGUCAGAUUUCCCCCUGCAGAAGAAAUCCCAGCCAUAAAGUAGACCCAAUAUAAGAUUUUCCUACAUAGAAGCCUCUUGUUUCCUGGAAAAUCUCUCCCUUCACACAUGCACCGUUUGCUAAUAAAGAAUAAUCAGUAAUUAAUAGACAAUAGCCAUUUGUCCCCAAAGAAUUUUCCCUUGAGCAGCCUGCCUGGAGGAAAGCAGUGUGUGCUCUUGUCCUGGUUGGUAUCAGCAAGGAGGGGAUGUGCUCACUUCAACACAGCCACUUCCGGGUGAGUGGAAGAUCCUGAACUCCAGGGGCCUGUGCUUGGUUCAGAGCAGCAUCCAGAGGAAGCUGCAGGGGGCACUACUGAGCCUCCCACAGCGUACACUGUUCACCACCUCGGUGUUCAGGUCCUGGCCCCACCUGGCAAGCCUAGGCCUGCCGGGGGAGAGGACAGCAAACAGAACUAUGGCCUGGCCAGCCGCCGCGCCUGC